AAUGGCGAUUGCGGCAGACUCGCAGGGUAGAGGGAGCGGAGCGCAGACCAAGCUAAUUACGGCAAGAAAAUUUCACAAAUGAGACGGUUGCGAACACUUACCCCAAUGUAAAAUGGAGGAUAGUUUUGAUUGCGACUGCGGUGAGCUCGAGCCACCCGAUAACUGACGGGAAAAUCACGGCGUAAGAUCAGCUGCCCGCUCCUUGAUCAGGCGGUGAAAAACGGCCAACAAGAAAUAGCUAUUUUUUGUAAUAAAUUAUACCUGGCACAUUAGAAUGACGCUGCUCAGGACCAGUCAUACACUGAGUGUAUCCGCACUGUGAGAAUGGUCUCAGAGGCUUUUUGUAGUUUCUCCUCUAAAUAGAGCAACUCAUUCAGCCUCAAUAGUUCAUUCCGUUGUAUUUUUUUCCAGCCCAAGCCUGAAAGCAAAAAGUAAAAACAAAACAAAAAAAAAUUGUAAAGGAAUUGAUUAGGGCAACCUGUUUAAUUUUAUUGAACGAUGAGAAAAUAUUUGGCGUAUAUAUCAGUGAGCAUUCUCAGUUUUUUUCAGGGAAGUCUUUGAGGGCCCUGUGUUGGGGGACGCUGCAGCCCCCAGUGGCUGGCUCCUUUAGCCCAUCUGCAGAAGUUUUCUUGUAGAAAAAACAGGGGGGGGGGCAUUUUUAGAUUUGCUGAAAAAAUACACAAUUCAGUUCUCCAGAGCAUUGGCUAAAUACACCUUAAAUUUCAACAUAUCACCAAAAAAAACUGCUCUGCUGAGGGGAAAAAAUGGCAGAGAAGUUUGAGAGCCUCAUGAACAUUCAUGGCUUUGACCUGGGCCCCCGUUACAUGGACCUGAAGCCCCUGGGCUAUGGUGGCAGUGGCCUGGUUUUCUCCGCUGUGGACAACGACUGCGACAAGCGGGUGGCGGUGAAGAAAAUCAUCCUCACCGACCCGCAGAGCGUCAAACACGCCCUCCGGGAGAUCAAGAUCAUCCGCCGCCUGGACCACGACAACAUUGUCAAGGUGUUCGAGACGUUGGGCCCCAGCGGCCGGCAGCUGACCGAGGACGUGAGCUCACUGACGGAGGUUAACUCGGUCUACAUCGUGCAGGAGUACAUGGAGACGGACCUGUGCAAGGUGCUAGAGCAAGGGCCCCUCUCGGAGGGCCAUGCCCGGCUCUUCAUGUACCAGCUGCUGCGCGGCCUCAAGUACAUCCACUCCGCCAACGUCCUGCACAGGGACCUCAAGCCAGCCAACCUCUUCGUCAACACGGAGGACCUGGUGCUGAAGAUCGGGGACUUUGGCCUGGCACGCAUCAUGGACCCUCACUACUCACACAAGGGUCAUCUCUCUGAGGGACUGGUCACUAAGUGGUACAGGUCUCCACGCCUUCUGCUGUCACCUAAUAACUACACCAAAGCCAUUGAUAUGUGGGCGGCCGGCUGCAUCUUCGCUGAGAUGUUGACAGGGAAGACCCUCUUUGCAGGCGCCCACGAGCUGGAGCAGAUGCAGCUGAUCCUGGAGUCCAUUCCCGUGAUCCACGAGGAGGACCGGCAGGAGCUGCAGAGCGUCAUCCCCGUCUUCAUCAAGAGCAACAUGUCCGAGCCGCAGACGCCCCUGGCCAAGCUGCUGCCGGGAGUCAGCCCAGAGGCCCUUGAUUUCCUGGAGAAAAUCUUGACGUUCAACCCCAUGGACCGCCUGACCGCGGAAGAGGCCUUAGCCCACCCCUACAUGAGCGACUACUCCUUCCCGCUGGACGAGCCCAUCUCCAGCCACCCCUUCCACAUAGAAGAUGAGGUGGACGACAUCCUGCUGAUGGACGAGAGCCACAGCCACGUCUGGGACAGAUAUCACGACAGCCAGUUUUCAGACCAAGACUGGACCCUCCACAGCACCCACGAGGCGGACGAGGUCCAGCGGGACCCCCGGGCCAUGUCAGAUGCGACUGACGAGGAGGAGGUGCAGGUGGACCCUCGCAAGUACCUGGAUGGGGACCGCGAAAAGCUCCUGGACGACGUGGCCUUUGACUCCCGCUUCCCCUCUGAGCUCUCCUGGCAGCACGACGACCACCACGAGAACAAGUACUGCGACCUGGAAUGCGGCCACACCUGCAACUACAAAGCCGUCUCCUCCUCCUACCUGGACAACCUGGUGUGGAGGGACAGUGAAGUCAACCACUACUACGAGCCCAAGCUCAUCAUCGACCUGUCCAACUGGAAGGAGCAGAGCAAGGAGAAGGUAGACAAGAAGGGCAAGUCCAAGUGUGAAAAGAACGGCCUGGUCAGGGCCCAGAUCGCCCUGGAGGAGGCCACCCAGAACCCGGCUGAGAAGGACCAGGAGACGGAGAAGAGCCAAGGCUUCGACUUCGACUCCUUCAUCGCUGGCACCAUCAAGCUCAGCCUGCAGCCGGAGCCCAACGACGUGGGCCUCCUCAACGAGCUGAACAGCUCUGUCUCCCAGCCAGAGUCCCGGGGCUCCAUGUCCAAGUCGGUGAGCCAGGAGAAGGAGGAGAAGUGCAUAGUGAACCUGGCCCAGCUGGAAGGCCGGGCGCCCAACCCCUGGGAGAGCUUCGUCAGCACGCCGGUCCCAGGAGAGGAGAGCUGCCUCAUCGACGAGGUGUGCUGGGACGUGAGGAAGGAUGAGCAGCUACAGAGGGAGACCGCCUACACCAGUUACCUGGACCGGCUGUUCAGCAAGAGGGAGGAGGUUCUGGAGCCUGACUACCUGGAGGUCAAGGAGCGGGAGGAGGGCUUCCUGGCCAGGAAUGGAGAGAUCAUGUUCAGCAUGCAGUUUGAGUCCCUGUCCCUCCCUGGGUUCGACAGCCCCUCUGAUUCGCCCCUUAAAUCCAUACAGGCCACGUUGACACCCUCAGCUAUCAAAUGUUCCCCCCAAGUUGCCCAUAAAACCUACAGCAGCAUUUUCAAACACCUGAAUUAAAUUCACACAGCAAGAUUGUUUUAUUUUUUUUGGUAGUAUUAUUUAUAUUUUGCUUAAACCAUUUCAUACGUUUAUGUUUGGUUUUAUUUUAAGAACCAAUUUUUUUUUUUACACGUGAAAUGACUUGAUUGGAUGAGUUCACAAAUUUGCAAAAUGUUGGAAAAGUGCUAUAAUUUUGUGAAUGAAGUCUAGAUAUAUUGAAUAGGCACACAUAUUACAGUAACCGCAACUUUCAUAUAUGUAAUUUUAUACAUAUUGUUGAACAAAAUUACAUAUUGUGAAAUUCAGUGGUGUGGUAUAAAAUAUAGAUACAUUCAUAUAACAUUUAAAACUCAAAACAAUAUUGUUUUUUUCAAACUGGACAUUUAUUGCUUUAGUAAGGGAAGUGACAGGAAGAUGUUUAAUUUACCCUACAGGAGUUCAAUGAACACACAUCGAUAUGAGAACUGGCAUGACCUUUGCACAGUGUACAGUGUACUGUAGACUUAUAAAUACUUUUGAGAGAGACGGAUAGAUGAGGACAGUGUGAGAAUAUGGGUUUGGGGUGGAAGGGUAGCAAGGCAGUGCAGUGGAAGUAGAGAGAUGGUCAAGAAUGUAUACUAAAUGAGUGGGAGAAAUGCUCACUGACACCUAUUUGUUUUUUUAUUUUUUUAAACUAAGUCUGAAGUCGAACUUAAUGUGUUUUCCUCCAAACAGCCUCAUUGGUAACUUCUCAUACUGUACCGUUUCUAUAACGACAUGAUGCCAACAUCUACCAUUAAAGGUGGAAAGGUGGUAAAGGUGUUAUCUACCUCAAGGUAACGGCUGUAAGUCAGACCCUCUGAGCCAUGCUAUUGCUUUACAGACACGUUCACCUUGAAAGCGUUUUACUUUCAUUUUACGGUUUAUUUUGCAUUUGCCAUAGCGAAGUGUUAAAAUCAUCAUCAUAAUUAUUUAUUUUUCGCAAAUGUGAGAUAUUUAUUUUAAAAUGUGUAGUAUCCGUGUGACUGUCUGGGAAAAGGAGGUGUUCAUGCUGGCUUCAGCACGACUCAUGUUUAAACGGUAGGGUGCUGAUGAGCAG